AUGUCCUUCAUCAGGCUGGCCCUGUGCGUAGCAGGGGUCUACUCCAUGUUCUUGUUGUGGGCAAUCGCACAGGAACGAUUGUCGGUUCCGUUUGAGUCGAUAGACGGCAAAUCGAGUGACAAGUUCAAGUCUGCCCUGUUCAUCGGCACCUGCCAGAGUUUCCUCAGCUGUCUGUCCGCCCUCGUCUACAUCCUCAUCCGCGGCAAGAAGGGCGCCUCUUUCUCGAGUCUUCUUGGUCUCGAGCUCCCCCAGCCAGCCAAGCCAGCCAAUGGCUCUGCACCCAACGGCACCGCCAAACCAAACGGAACAUCCAACGGGCACACCAACGGCCACAGCACACCCACCCAACCCCUCUCGCGCAACGCGCUCCUCCUGAGCUACCUCCAAUGCUCCACCUUCAUCACCCUCGCCGCGCCUUUUGGCUUCGCUGCGCUGUCGUACAUCACCUACCCGACGAUGGUCCUCGGCAAAUCGUGCAAGCUCGUCCCCGUCAUGCUCAUGAACGUGCUCAUGUAUCGUCGCCGCUUCGCACCGCACAAGUACCUCGUCGUCGCGAUGGUCACCGCCGGCAUCACCGUCUUCAUGGCCUUUGGCUCCGAAAGCCCCUCCAAGUCCUCCAAGCACGGCGCGUCCUCAACCGGAGACGCACCACCGGCGUCUGCGCAGCUCGUGGGCGCCGCGUACCUCCUCGUGAAUUUGAUGCUCGACGGCGCGGUGAACUCGACGCAGGACGAGAUCUUUGCGCGCUAUCGCGUGAGCGGGCAGCAGAUGAUGUUCUGGAUCAACGUGUGCUGCACGCUGCUCAGCGCGUGUCUCGGCGCGCUGCCGCUGCCGUAUAUCCCCGUCAUUCACCCGACGGUGAGCGCGAGCGGGAUGUCGAGCGAGUUCGCGCAGGCGAUCGCGUUUAUUAGGGGCCAUCCGGGUGUGGUGAUGCCGCUUGUGCAGUUUGCGCUCACGGGCGCGCUGGGGCAGCUGUUUAUCUUUGAGACGCUGCAGCAUUUCGGGUCGCUGACGCUUGUGACUAUUACGUUGACGCGCAAGAUGUUCACGAUGAUCCUCUCCGUCGUCGUUUAUAGCCACAAGCUCACCUCGGGGCAGUGGCUCGGUGCGGGGAUCGUGUUUGCUGGUAUCUCCGUCGAGGCUUUCGUCAAGCGCAAAGAUGUCCACGCGAAGCGCGUCGUCCAAGAAAAAGAAAAAGCAAAGAUCAAGCAGCUGUAA